UCUCGGUGUCGCGACAACGUAUGUCUCACUACAAAUCUGCAACACCGAUUGGGCUCCCGCUUUCACUUCUCUGGGGACAAUCGACGGCGACGCGCAUCAAGCUGGACAACUUUUCUCCACCUCCAUUUCCACCUCCACCCUCUCCCACCUCCGCCCUCCCCCCACUACCGCAAUAAUGGACGCGGUUAUUGCUGAUAUCAACACUCUAUUCGUUCGCCUCACCAGAUUCUACGAGAAGCUCGCCACGUUCACAGGCCCCGACCAGGACGUAUUCCCUCAAACUCUUCAUGAUGCUCAGACACGCCAGGCCGCAGAUCCAGGCGAAUACAUUUCCCUCCGGUCGGAUCUAUUCGAUUGCAAAGCUGUCUUCAACAAGUUCAUCGCCGAAGGCCCCGAGCUCGACGCGGUCAAAGCCACAGCCAUACAACAGCUCCAACGUGCACAGAGCAUGAUGGCCAAGAUUGAGCAAGCAGACGCUGAUCAUGCCGAGUUGAAUGAACUCCGCACUCUCAAGCGAAAGUUUGAAUCAACCCAGAACAACCAAGAGACAUUGGUGCAAGUUGUGAGGUCAGCAGCAACGACAGCAACCAAGCUUGACAUUGUCGAGAAGCUUAGACAGGAGCGCAACGAUGCUCAGGCUGAAGUGGCCCAACUCCGUACUGAACGUCAAAACGACAGUGCCGAAUUGACCGAACUCCGCCAGGCCAGAACUCUUUACAACGAAAGAGGAGACGAGAUUGCCAGGCUCCGUACUGAACGUCAAAAUGACAGUGCUGAAUUGGCCCAACUCCGCCAGGCCAGAGUUCUUUACAACGACAGAGAGUUUGAGAUUGGCAGAUUCCGUGUUGAUGCGGCUCAAGUUCAGACAGACAGGGCCGAAUUGGCUCGACUUCGCUUGCACAACACCAACGCCUGAUUUCGUGCUAUUGCCCCAGUCGCGACCAUUUCGGUUGCUCCCAAAAGAAACGAGAUACCUUGAGCAUAAAACAUCACAGACGAAUCACAGAGAAGUACGGAGUACAGUGGCGGAAACAGUAGACAGUAGUCCUCCAAAUAAAUUCACUUCCAGCCAUCCCCCACCAUUACAGCUGGAGCCGUUCAAGGAUGCAGGAAUGCACAGUAAUAUUUGGGUUAGCAUGUCCGUCCACAGAGAUACACUGGGCCUUGAGCUCUCACUGGG